AGAAGUAGUCCCGAUGCCCUAAUGUCAUUUGACUACAAAUAUGGCAUGUACUCCUACAUCUGGGAAACGUUCAACACAAAUAAAACCAGAACAUUUGUUUGUGAGAAAGGACGAAACUCAUCAGAGCAGUUUGAAAAAUGUCUUGUGUUCUCAGAAGUUAGUAACGACAUAACUGAUAUCAAAAAUCAGGAAACUGCUGUCACUAACGAUACGCUUACCUUUACAUUAGUUGCUGUGAUUUCGUUUGUCUUGGUUGUGUUAAUAUGUGCAUUGGUCGUAUUCAUGUUAUACAAACGAAAAUUGGCAGUGAAAGUACAAUAUGAACAACAAUACAACUCUUCAACAAAAGAACAAGUUAACUUUAUGUACAUGAACUCGGACGACAUCCUUAUAAUACAAAAGAAACCUUCAAAAAUCAACUCCGAAAAUCAUAGCACUAAGCAAGCAACUGGUGAACGUGAACAUACAGAAGAGCUAGACUCGAACGAAAUAUAUGUUAACGAGAAACAUGUUAUACUUAGAUCACGACCAGAGUCAACUAAAAAUAUGAACGAUAAAGUUGAAAUACCAGAAGAGGACUACGAUCAUCUGAACAGGAAUAACAAUGAUGUGACACUAGUACAGGAAGACACAUACAGUCACAUGACUGACGAUCAAUACGGUAUACAACAGAUUCAGUGUGAGGAUACAUACGACCAUACAGGGGCAACUGAGGACGAGUACGGGGCAGCACGGAUUGAUCAGGAUGUGAACAAUAUGUAUGAUCAUACAGGAAUCAAUGAUACAGAUGACGUUUACAGUCUUCCAAAUAAGGGCACAUGUCAUACUGAAACGGUGUAUAAUAUUGUAAAAAAGACACAUGGUACCGAUUGAGUAUUCAAAAAAUUAGAU